GGAGCGGGCACAAGCCAGCACCGCGGCGGGCCGUGCCCGGCACAAAGAUGGCGUCCUCUGCCCGGCUCCGCUUGGAGGCGGGAGGCGUUGCCCGACGUUACAAUGGCGACCGCGGCCUCACCGUCGGCUCGCAGCAGCGCUGCGGCGCCGCUCUGACGCCAUCGCUCUGCGCCGCACGGAGACGGCACCGCGUGGAGGAUGGAGGAGCCCGACGGGGCGGCCGCGGGCACGGCUCCGGCGGCUGAGGAGCCCAACGGGGCGGCCCCGGGGGCGGCCCCAGCUCGGCGGCCUCGGAAAGCCGUGAAGAAGCGAAAGGAGGCUGCGGCCGUGGCCAUCCCGCGGGGCAAGCCCAAGUCGGGGCGCGUGUGGAAGGACCCCGACAAGAAGAGGUUCUCGCAUAUGAUCCAGGACAAGGCCCUUCACAGCUCUUGGGCACGGAAGAUGAAGGAGAGGCAGGAGAAGAAGCUUGUCCAGGACCUGGCACGGCAGCUGCAGGAGGGGAAGCAGCGGGAACGAGAGGAGAAGAAACGGCGAAGGGAGGAGAACCUCAGACGGCGCCUGGAGAACGAGAGGAAGGCAGAGAUCGUCCAAGUGAUCCGAAACCCACUGAAGCUGAAGAGGGCCAAGAAGAAGCAGCUGCGGCGGGUGGAGAAGAGGGACACCCUGGCCCUGCUCCAGAAGGCACCUGCCAGGCACAAGGCAACCCCAAAAUGAGAUGGGAAACCAUGGGACUCUGGUGCCCAACCCCUGCAGAGGGAGUCUCUGUGGCUCCUGCUCCUCUCCAGAGAUGAUUCCUCGGCUUGGGGGGGCCCUGGGUGUUGGACACAGCAGGACAGAGAUGGUUGGGGGGGGGUUGUGUUGCUCCAGGACAUGCAGGAAGCAGCUUCUGGAUCCUGUGGAGUUGCUGGAGCUGGACAAUUUGUUUUGACCUGCCCCAAAUCUGCUUUCUCUGUGUCAAAAUGAAGAGGAUCUGACCCAUA